CACCGGCCUGCGAAGAGCACCGCGAGCGAAUCCUCCUGGUCCCUCGUGGCGCCGACAAUCAUGAAGGUCCACGGGCGCCUUGUGUUGCAGAUUGCGCUUGGAGUGCUUCUACAAGUUGUAUUCUCGCAUAGCAAAGCUGUGGAACCUGCCAAGUCAAAGUUUCAACCUGUAACAGUUAAUAAUGGAGCACAAAAACGUGUUGGUUAUGAUUAUACACCACAGGUAGAAACUCAGCACGUUUUUGAUCAGCCGGAACAACAUCAUGAUGACCAUCAUGAGGUUGAGACCCAUGACCAUCAUGACCAUCAUGAUCACCACGAGCAUCACGACCCAGGAUACUGGAAGAAGAAAGUAACAUGGAAGAAAGGCUGGAAAAAGAUUUGGAAACCCGCAAAGAAGCAGAUCUGGAAGCCAUCUUGGAAAAAGUACAGUAAACCCAUCUGGGUCCCCAUCCAGGUUCCCGCCUGGAAAGAAUACCAAGUCCCCGAUUGGAAAAAAGUCUGGAAACCCGUCUGGAAGCAGAUUCAAGUCCCCGCAUGGAAAGAAUACAAAGUCCCUGAUUGGAAAAAGGUCUGGAAACCAGUCUGGAAGCCCAUCCAGGUCCCAGCAUGGAAAGAAAUCCAAGUCCCUGAUUGGAAAAAAGUCUGGAAACCAGUCUGGAAGGAAAUCCAAGUCCCCGCAUGGAAAGAAAUCCAAGUCCCCGCAUGGAAAAAACUCUGGAAACCAGAAUGGGUCAAAGUAGGAAUCCCCGGCGAACACUUCCUCGGAAAAGAUCAUCAUGGUAAUGAAUACACAGCACAUGACGUCUGGAAGAAGAAACUCAUCUGGAAACCCGUGUGGAAAAAGUACUGGAAACCAGCGAAGAAACAAAUCUGGGUCCCGGAUAAAAAACUGGAAUGGAAAGAGGCAUGGAAGCAAGUCUGGCGUACGGAGAAGAAACAAAUCUGGGUGGAUGACAAGAAACUCGUCUGGAAAGAAGCAUGGAAACAAACCUGGAAGCUAGAAAAGAAACAAAUCUGGGUCCCGGAUAAGAAACUGGAAUGGAAAGAAGCCUGGAAGCAAACAUGGCGUACGGAAAAGAAACAAAUCUGGGUAACGGAUAAAAAACUAGAAUGGAAAGAUGCAUGGAAACAAAUCUGGGUACCGGAUUGGAAAGAGAUCUGGGUACCUGGGUGGAAAGAAAUAUGGAAACCUGUGAUUAUCCAGGAAUGGUUCCCAUCACCAGAUCAUCAUGAUCAUCAUCAUAAGGAGCAUGGAUGGGACCGGAGCGCGCAGAGUUCGGCGAAUGCGCCACUAGUCACGGUGCCCUCCAAUGAGAUCGCCAAGCGCAACGCGCAGGAAUCAGUACAAACGCAGAAUGGCGGCGCGCAUGCGCAGUUGAAAUCCACAUGGCAGUUUCCCACAUCAUAGAAUCAACCAAUAAGUUUUACAAUAACAAUUAUUAUUAUCUAGUUAAUUUAACGACUGAACGUUGUGCAUGUGUAUGUGUGUUACUACUUGUUACUUGUAAUUUUAGCGAUUUGUUGUUAUGUUUUUAAAACGGCGCGUAUUUAUAAGACGAAAGGAUGAAAAUAAUAAAAUGUUUAUUAUUAUUA